AUGUCUUCCAUCACGCGGCAAUCCCUCCUCAAAGCCUCUGAAUCCUUUUGCACUGCCUUCGCCUCCCAAUCUCCUCCCUCCGAGAUCCUUACCAAGCACUUCACCCAAAACAGCAAUGACAUCAUAGUCUUCGAGCACGGUCUGCCUCGCUUGGCGCCCUUUCUGGGCCGCGAAUACAAGGGCAAAGACGGAUUUCUGGAGUACUUCAAUACCAUUGGGGAGCAAUUGAGUUAUAAGGACAUGCGAUUUUCCGAUUACAUUGUGGAUGCCGAGGUGCGCAAGGUGUCGGUAAGGGGAGAGGCAGUGUUCACCAACAAAAAGACGGGACAGAGCUGGGACGAGGUGUUUAGAUAUGUCUUGGAGUUUGACGAGGAUGCGAGGGUGAAAACGUAUGAAAUUUGGGCUGACUCGGGGGCUGCGUAUCUGGCUAGUCGGGGAGAGUUGUCUUGAGCAUGCUGCGUGUUUCGAGUUGGGAGACUGUCGCAGAACUAUUUGAGUUU